GUGUCUGGUAGGUGUUAUCUGAGCACGCAUCGCCAUGCUCACCCUGGGGCGUUCAUAAGCCAAAUAAUUUGAGUUUUCAACGACGCAGCAGAACUGUUUGACCAUGUCUGUAGGACUGGAGCUCGGUUUCUCCAACGACGAGGUGCUGAACAUACGUUACCCGCUUCAUCGUGCGUGCAGGGAUGGAGACGUUGGCGAGCUAUGCUCGCUGCUUCAGCGCUCCACCAACCAGGCGGACCUGUCUACCGAGGACUCGUUUUACGGCUGGACCCCCAUUCAUUGGGCAGCACACUUCGGGAAGCUGGAGUGUGUUACGAGGCUGGUGCAGGUGGGUUGUGAAGUGAAUGCACUGACCACACGGUUUGCCCAGACCCCGGCUCACAUUGCUGCGUUUGGAGGACAUCCAGAAUGCCUGCUGUGGCUCUUACACACAGGGGCUGAAAUAAACAGACAGGAUUAUGUGAGUGAAGCACCCAUUCACAAAGCAGCACGGGCCGGUAACAUGGAGUGCAUUAAUGUCUUGUUGAUCCAAGGAGCCAAACCGGACUUGAGGAAUGCAAAUGGUUUGACUGCAGCAGAUCUGGCCCAUGCUCAAGGCUUCCAUGAUUGUGCUCAGCUCCUCUCUAAUGCUCACAACCAGCUAAAUCAAAUAAAUGGAUUUGCCCAUAAUGGGACCGACCAUUCGCACAUCCAGGGCCGCAGUCUUCUGAAUGCGAUAGCCAAUAGAAAAAGAUUUCUUGAUUGCACAGAGCCAAACCACAUGAAGAAAGCAAGAACUGCGAGCAUGAAUUUUUCAGUGAAGACAAACAGUGGGAUUGAAGAGGAGCUUGAGAGUAUGAAUGUGGAAUCAACUGCUGAAAACCAAUCAGAUGAAGCCAUAGCCACAGGUUUGAGGAAUGGUCAUGGGCAGCAGAACAGUUUCACUGUCAACAGCUUGGCCACAAAUGGGCAGUGCUAUCAGUCCCAAUUCAAUGGGGUCGAGACCAUUCCAGCUGAGUCAAGAAUGGACAUGUGUGGCUCACUGCACCUCAAUGGUAGCCCAAGCAGCUGUUUAUCUCACCGGCCUGCAUGGGGUGCGUUCCUGCCUGACUCCGGUGAACAUUUGCACUAUGGACACUACCAUGGCUUUGGAGAUACGGCAGAGGACCUGGCAGAUGCUAGCAGCUGUCGGGAGCACAGCACGAUCGUGAAGGUAGAGCAGCACUACGACCAAGAGGUUCUCAGUGCCGUGCAGCUGUUCCAUGGAUCAUAAAGUGAAAAUGAUAUCUGUCCAUUUGAUUACAAGUGGUCACAUUGAUGGCAGCACUAUCCGCCUUAAACUGAGGGGUUAUCUUGCACCUUAACGCAGGCUGUUUUGUUUUUGGAUUUUCUUUUUGAUAAAGGGGAGUCUUUCUACCAA